AUGGUUCUCACGGUGGGGAGCCAACCCGCCGCUACAACCCUCCUCCUUUAUCCGGGCUUGGGACCGGCACUGGCAGAAGAAGUAGAAAAUACAGAUGGAUAGAUGCUUUAUUGUCUUCCGAUGAUAGAUAUGACAUAAGACAUAUCUCUAUAAGUACAUUAUUAUGUAAAAAAUUUGUAAAUAUAUUUAAGUAUAAAUACACAAAUUUGUCGAAAAAGCAGCGGUUAAAAUGGAAAGAAUCACAGUUAGUGGGAAAAGGACAAAGGACGCAUGUGCGCUCGAAUGAGAACAUACACUAAACAAUCAGAUACAAAAAAUAAACGGAACAAGAUGUAUAAGAAGUAAGUAGAA